AAGCGCCCCCUGUAGCAAGACUAGCAUAUCUGUCAGCUAACAAUUUAACUAGAAAGUGUGUUGACACACCUUCUGUCACUCCAGCUGGACGAGAGACGGAGUCGGACACUAACUUUGACAACUUUGUCAACUAAAUGAUAAACCUGCUUGUUUGCAGCAGGAGUCCCAUCUGAGGAACAGAAGAUCGUCUCAAUGUCCGUCUCAGUCGUCUCAUUGUCCCGUCUGCUCCGAUGCAGCCUGUCCACGGUGGGCCGGAGCGCCAGGUGCGCGUGUAUGCGGGACCCGACCGCAUCUGGCGUCCGGUGGAACAGCACUCGUUUGGACAUGGACGGAAGCGGACGUCCAGCUACGUGGGAUUCCUUUGGGAUCUGGGAUAACCGGAUAGAGGAGCCCAUCCUGUUGCCGCCCAGCAUCCGCUACGGAACCCCUAUCCCGCAUAUCAGCGUGUCCAAGGUGGGUUGUGCCUCCCACAUCGGCCGCCGACGUGACAACGAGGACCGUUUCCAAGUGAACGAACUCACGCAUAAUAUACUGUACUUCGCUCUGUUUGAUGGGCACGGAGGACCACAGGCCGCUGAUUUCUGUCACAAACACAUGGAGCAGCACAUCAGGGAUUGUUUGGAGGUGGAAACAGAUUUACAGACAGUCUUGUCUAAAGCGUUCCUGCAAGUAGAUGCAGCUUUGGCUGCGGAGCUGCAGAUGUACGGCAAUGCCUCUCUUAUGAUGGUGGGCACGACUGCAACUGUGGCACUGUUAAGAGACGGUAUCGAGCUGGUCGUCGCAAGUGUUGGCGACAGUCGUGCUCUGCUGUGCAGGAAGGGAAAAGCCCGCAAACUCACAGACGACCACACGCCAGAGAGGAAAGAUGAGAAACACAGAAUUCGUCAGAGUGGUGGGUUUGUGUCCUGGAACAGCGUCGGUCAGGCUAAUGUUAACGGCCGAUUGGCAAUGACCCGCAGCAUCGGAGACUUCGAUUUAAAGAAGACCGGAGUGAUCGCAGAACCAGAGACCACUCAAACUCUAUUGCAGCACGCUCACGACUCUUUCCUGGUUCUCACCACCGACGGCAUCAACUUCAUCAUGUCCAACCAGGAGAUCUGUGACGUCAUCAACCAGUGCCAUGACCCCACCGAGGCAGCAAACGUCAUUGCUGAGCUGGCUCUACAGUACGGAUCAGAGGACAACAGCACAGUCAUUGUCGUCCCGUUUGGAGCCUGGGGAAAACAUCAAAACGCCCAAUACACGUACGACAUGAGCCGAAACUUCGCCUCCAUGGGCCGCUGGUCCUAACGGCGGUCAAAAGAUAAUUAACACUCCCAGUUAACAAUCACACCACUAGUCUGUGUUUUCAUAAUAAACAAAAGUCCAACUCUAAGAACUCAAGCCUGAAGAUCAUAAAAACAAUUGCUCUUCUGCAUCUUUACAUUCUAAAAGUAAAUGUGGUGGAUUAGUUUAUAAAUUGUGUUAAACUCAUUACGUCAUUCUUUCAUGAAGCAUUAGAAGAAUGAAUUCUGUGUAAAUUUUGUCAGCAUUAAAUGAGACCCAUCUAACAAAAGUAGAAGCCCUGUAAAAACAGAGCACUGAUUAUAUUAGAUUUAUGAUUUCGUUUAAAAAAAAAAGGUCUUUAUAGUUUUAUUUAUGGGUCUUUGUAAGUUUUUAUUUAUUGGCUGAAAUUGUAUAUAAUAGUAUGUCAGUAUUGAAUAUAAAAGUACCUUGUAUAGUAAAAUAUACCAACCCACACCUGUGCACACCCAUUCAAUUAUUUGUAAAAAUAUAAUAAUAAUCCGCUAAAAUGGCCAAAAAUGCUGUAUUAUUCGUGCCAAGCCAGUAGUUGGCGAUGUAACACUUUGUAAAAAAAAAAAAAACACAUACAUCAACCAUUUCCAUAAAAUCCGGCAUUUUUUUGCACUUUAAAACCCGUUAUUAAACGUUUGCAUUUGGCUUAUCAAAAAGGAAUGGUCAAAAUGCAUAAAGAUAUUUCUGUUUUUAAGUUUUUAGAUGAUAGUUCACUUCAUUCCAAUAGGAAUCUGUGCAAUCAAGAUCUUCACGCAAAGGUGAUGAGAUUUCGCUCAUGUUUGUGCAAAUUCACCGCGAUUACCAAGAGAAAGCUGCUUGAAACCCGUUUCAACAGUGAAAAGUUUUUGUUUUCAAAAAAGAUAACGUUAUUGUCUCCAUGUAAACUUAAAAAUGCAAAUUUGUGAAAAAACGGUGACGUCAUGAGCAUGGGCGUUACGUGUUUUUUUUUCAGGUUUCAUAGUGCAAGUUUUAUUAAAUGAAACCGUUAUUGCCUCCAUGUAAACUUAAAAAUACAAAUUUGCGAAAAUGGUUACAUUAUGUGCAUGCACAUUACUUGUUUUUUACAGGUUUCAAAGUGCAAGUUUUUGAAAGUGAAACCGUUACUGUCUCCAUGCAAACGUAAAAAGCAAAUUUGCGAAAAUGGUAAUGUCAUGUGCAUGCGCAUUACGUGUUUUUUACAGGUUUCAAAGUGCAAGUUUUUGAAAAUGAAACCAUUACUGUUUCCAUGCGAAAGUAAAAAUGCAAAUUUGUGAAAACAGUGACAUUAAAGUGCAAGUUUUCGAAAAUGAUACCGUUAUUGUCUCCAUGUAAACUUAAAAAUGCAAGUUUGCAAAAACAGUGAUGUGCACAUGUUUAUCACAUAUUCAGGCUUGGCAAGUACAUACUUGAAGAAUGCAUAGGUGUUUCUUUACAAAGUGACAUCACCAACUACAGGCCUGGCAUAACACAGCGUUUUUAGUUGUUUUUUUGUCUCAGUGAUAACUGGGAUUGUUUCAACAAUGUUGUCGCCUGUAUGUAAAACUUUGCUGUUUUUAGUACAUUUGUUGUCCUGUAAAUGUACCCCAGGUGUGAUUGUUUAAAGGUGUCAUGUUGACAUUUAUGUCAUAAUAACAUCAGCAGCUCUCUGUAUAUAUUUUAGAAAUGUUUGUCAGUGUAAAUGUCUAGAGGAACUGCAGAGAGAAUUUACCUGUUCAGCGUCUUCUGCAGUUCUCUCUUUUAUAAAUGUGUUUUGGUAAGAAAUGUUUGUAUGUUUUCACUGCUAAGCUGUGCUGUUAAAUCUGUGCUCUUGGUUGCAUCACUGGAAUCAUACAGUCUUGUGUUUUUGCCUUAUCCAAACACAGUGGACUGAUUUUCAGUAUCCUAUUUCUUGGACACAUGAUUUCAACUGGGAAAUGGUAAAAGGGUUUAGUUCUGCAUUGGUUUACAGUACCGGUUUAGAGAGAUUCACUUGUAAACUCUCUCAGUGUAGUAUUAAUAUCUUCUACACUGCUGAGGGUAUCACAUAUCAGUUAUGAAAUAUGAAUGUAAAGAACUUCCUGUGAAAUAAAAACUGUGUUAUGAAACAUG